AAAAAAAUUAAAAUUGAAGAAUAAAUAAAAACAGAAUAUUGGAAAAAAAAUUUAUUUAAUAACUUUUGAAAACCAAAUAAUUAAAAUAUAUUAUUGAAGAAAUUUAAAACCAGAGAGAAAUUUUUACUCUUAAGAGAAUUAAUUUUCAACAAAAAAAAAAAUUUUGGGGAACAAUUUUUUCCUUUUUCCCCUUGGUUUGUUUUUGGUUUUUGAAUUGAAAGAGAGUUUUUUGGAAAUUUUUUUUGGCAGAAGAAUAACCCCCGAUUUUGUUCAGGAAAAUUAAGUCAAAAACAAAAAUUAAUAUCCAACCAAACACUUACUCGUUAUACGUUAAUGAACCUUUUAUAAAAAAAUUUAUAUAUAUCAACUGAAUAUACGAAAUAUUGUGCACCUUUACACCUAUAACACAUACCUACUUAUUUAAUAAUAUAAAAACAACAAGCAAAUUAAGCUUCUCUCUCUCUCUCUCUCUCUCUAUUAAAAUUAAACUCUUCUGUUUUUUAUUUCAAAUUAAUUGGGUUACAAAUAAAUCCAGUCAUAAAGCAGGCAAGGCAAGCCAGAGACAUAAACAUAAAUAUAAUUAAUAUAAUUAUAAAGGACGAGAGAAAAACAAAAACAACAGCAUCCAGAAACAACAAGAAAAAAAUUUUAUAAUUGAUUUCAUUCGAUUCAUUUAAAUUAAACAAUUUUUUUUCGUUUUUUUCAAUGCAUCUGCAAUUUUUAUAUUUAUGUAGCCGCAUUCACCAAUUUUCAUUUUACAUAUUCAAUUAUUUUGUAUGUAAUGUUCUUUUGAUAAAUGCCUCCUGGUGAAAUUUUUUUUAAUUUUUGUUUUAAUUAUUAUUUUUUUUUUCCUGGAUUUCAGUUUUACAUCCAUAUACUACCAAAACCAACCAUAUUAUUUUAACCAACAAUUUUAUUGACAAUGAAUUGUAAUAAAUGAUUAUCUACAAAAUUUCCGAUAUAAAAAUUUUUUGGUUUUUAUUUUUGAUUUUCAUACAUUAAAUUUAAAUUAUUUUCGAAAAAAAAAUAAAUAUAAAAAAAAAACACUAAAAAAUAACAAGAAGAACACGUCUCCUUUUCAUCACCAAUUAAAAUCCAAAAAAAAAAUUUUGAGAAUAUAAAACAAUAAACAAAUUAUAUACAAAGAGAGAAAGAGAAACAGAGAGUACGAGAGAGAAAAAUAUAAGAGAGAAAACGGGCAACAUUAAUUUGAUUUUAAAAAAAAAAAUUUUUUUAAAUAAAUUUUGUCAUAAUGAUUAUAUCAGAAAAAAAAUCACCAAUAUGGAGAACAAAAUCAUUAAAACAUCACCAACAACAACAACAUCAACAACAGCACCAGCAAUCAAAUACCAUUUUAACAAAUGGAACAAUAAAUAAUAAUUAUAAUUUAUCUAAUUCAAAAACAUCACUAUUAUCAACAUCAUCAUCAACAGAUGAUCUAUUAAAUUCUACAUCAUCAAAUUUAUUAUCACCAAUAUUAUCUGCGACAUCAUCACAAAAUCUAACAACAACAACAAAUAAUACUGUAACAUCAACAACAGUAACAAAUCAUAUACAAAAUAGUCCAAUAGCAACAACAUAUCUACCAGGAUUAUCAUCAUAUAAUAAUAACAAUAAUAAUAAAACAACAAUUUCAACAACUAGUUUACAUUAUAAUAAUGAAUUAGUAAAUGAUAAUAAUCUAGAUAUAAAUAAACAUCAACAUAAACAAUUGUUAUCUGGAACGUCAUCAAAACAACAGCAAUCAAAUUUUAAUGAAGAAGAAAAAAUUUCAAAAAUAAAAUUAAAUUCUAAAUCAUCAACAUCAUCAUCACAAUCAACAACAGUAGCAUCACCAUCAUCAUUAUUAUUAUCAUAUGAUGACCCACAACAAAAUACUCCGUUAUUAGAACAAAAUCAUGAUUUAACAAUAACAUCAGAAAAAAUAACACAAGGAGAAACAAAAUUAAAAAAUUUUAAAAAUACCAAAGAUAUAACAUCAAUAUUAAUAGAUGACAAAAAUAAUAUAAAUAAUAAUAACAGUAAUAGUAAUAAUCAUAAUAAUAGUAAUGAUCAUCAUAUAGAAUGUCAUUCAUCAACAUUAAAAUUAUCAACAAAAAAAUUUAAUGGAACAACUGCCAUAACACAAAAAUCUUUAAUAUCAAAUAGUAGCAGUUAUCAAAAACAUAAUAAUAAUUUUAAUGAUAAUAGUAGUGAUAAUAACAAUGAUAACACAACAACGAUAUCAAAUAGAAAUAUAAAUAAUGAUUAUGAUAAUUAUUACAAUAAUGAUGAUGAUGAUGAUGACAAUGAUAUAGAUAAUUUAAGUACGAAAAAUUUAAUAUCAAUGGAUUAUAAUAGUAAUAAUCAAUACAAUAAAAACAAUAGUAAUAGUAAAAUUUAUAAUAAUAAUAAAAUACAUACAAAUUCAAUAUUAUCAACAAAUACUAUAACAAGUGGUUUUAGUAACAAUAACAAUAAUAAUAGUGGAAAUAGUAAUAAUAAUAAAAAAUUAAAUGAUAAUAAUGAAAAUAAUAACAGUAAUAGUAAUAUUAUAAAUAAUAAUAAUAGUAAUGGCAGCUAUGGAAAUGGAAAAAUAUAUAAUAGUAUAAAUAAUAGUAAUUUAUAUAAUAGUAAUUUUAAUAUAAAUAGUGAUAAUAGUAAUAAUACAAAUAUAAAUAGUAAUAUUAAUAAUAAUAUUAAUAGUAAUAGUAAUAGCACUAAUAAUAGCAGCAAUAGCAGUAGUGGUGGUGAUGAUGAUGAUAAUAGAAAUUUUCAAAAACAAAAAUAUCAUUAUUCUUAUCAUACAUUCGGUAAUAAUAAUAGCAGUACCACAUAUUUAGCUAGAUGUUGCCUUAGAUUUCCAUUAUUAAAAUCGAUAAAUGUUAAACGUUGUGUACUUGGUUUACUUGUUGUAACACUUGUUACAAUAUUUUAUUAUACACAUUAUGUUGAUAAUGGAGUUUUUGUUGGAUUGAUUCAUCGUGAUACUAGACCGGCACCUUUAAUACAUUGUAGAAUGUUAAAUGGUGGUAAUAAUAAACAAAUUGUAUCAGCACAAACACCAGAUCAUCGAUCUGAAGCUAGAUUACGUAUUGAUCCAAAAGUUUUGGUAUUUGUUGAAACAACUUAUUCUCGUUUAGGACGUGAUAUUGCUGAAUUGUUAGUUUAUAAUCGUAUAAAGUACAAAAUAGAAGUAGCCGGUAAAAGUCUACCAGUACUUACAAAUUUAGAUAAAGGACGUUAUGGUGUUAUUGUAUUUGAAAAUUUAGAUAAAUAUUUACAUAUGGAUAAAUGGAAUCGUGAAUUAUUAGAUAAAUAUUGUCGUGAAUAUUCAGUUGGUAUUGUUGGUUUUGUAAGUCCUAGUGAAGAAACUUUAGUUGCAGCACAAUUACGUGGUUUUCCAGUUUAUAUACAUACAAAUUUAAGAUUACGUGAUGCUAGUUUAAAUCCAGCAUCAUCUGUAUUACGUUUAACAAGAGCUGGUGAUACAGCAUGGGGUCUAUUACCUGGUGAUGAUUGGGCAAUAUUUCAACAUAAUCAUUCAACAUAUGAACCAAUUGAAUGGGCACAACGUAAUACACAAGAAUAUCUAACUGAUGGUAUUGGACAAGUACAACCACCAUUAGCAACUGUAUUACAAGAUCAUGGACAAUUUGAUGGUAUACAAAGAAUAUUUUUUGGUAGCAGUCUUAGAUUUUGGUUACAUCGUUUAUUAUUUUUGGAUGCAUUAUCAUAUCUAAGUCAUGGACAAUUAAGUUUAAGUUUAAAUCGUAUGAUAUUAGUUGAUAUCGAUGAUAUAUUUGUUGGUGAAAAAGGUACAAGAUUAAGACCUGAUGAUGUAUUAGCAUUAAUAGCAACACAAAAAAGAAUUGCUGAAAUGGUACCAGGUUUUAGAUUUAAUUUAGGUUUUUCUGGUAAAUAUUAUCAUCAUGGGACACAUGAAGAGAAUUUAGGUGACGAUUUACUAUUACGAAAUAUUGGUGAAUUUAAUUGGUUCUCACAUAUGUGGAAUCAUCAACAACCUCACCUAUAUGAAAAUUUAACAAUUCUAAUGAAUGAAAUGUUACAAAAUUAUGGUUUUGCAAAAGAUCAUGGUAUACCAACUGAUUCAAGUUAUUCUGUAUCACCACAUCAUUCUGGUGUAUAUCCAGCUCAUGAACUAUUAUAUACAGCAUGGAAAAAAGUAUGGAAUAUAAAAGUAACAUCAACUGAAGAAUAUCCACAUUUAAGACCGGCACGUUUACGUCGAGGUUUUAUACAUCGUAAUAUAAUGGUAUUGCCACGUCAAACAUGCGGUCUAUUUACACAUACAAUGUAUAUUGAUCGUUAUCCGGGCGGACGUGAUAAAUUAGAUGAAUCAAUACAAGGUGGUGAAUUAUUUCAAACAAUUGUAUAUAAUCCAAUAAAUAUAUUUAUGACACAUAUGUCAAAUUAUGGUUCAGAUCGUUUAGCAUUAUAUACAUUUGAAUCGGUUAUAAAAUUUUUACGUUGUUGGACAAAUUUAAAAUUAAGUUCAGCACCGCCAUUACAAUUAGGUGAAACAUAUUUUCGUUUACAUCCAGAAGAAAGUGAUCCAGUAUGGGGUAAUCCAUGUGAAGAUCCAAGACAUUUAAAAAUCUGGUCAAAACAAAAAGAUUGUGAUUCAUUGCCAAAAUUUCUAGUCAUUGGACCACAAAAGACUGGUACAACAGCACUAUAUACAUUUUUAAGUAUGCACCCAAGUAUAGCUAGUAAUAUACCAAGUCCAGAUACAUUUGAAGAAAUACAAUUUUUUAAUGGUAAUAAUUAUUAUCGUGGCUUAGAUUGGUAUAUGACAUUUUUUCCAACAACAUCAAAUACAACAACAAAAUAUAUGUUUGAAAAAUCAGCAACAUAUUUUGAUGGUGAUUUAGUACCAAGACGUUCACAUGCAUUAUUACCGCAUGCUAAAAUUGUUACAAUUUUAAUAUCACCAGCUAAAAGAGCAUAUUCAUGGUAUCAGCAUACAAAAGCACAUGGUGAUUUAAUUGCAAAUAAUUAUAGUUUUUAUCAGGUGAUAACUGCUAGUGAUACAGCACCAAAAGCAUUAAAAGAUUUAAGAAAUCGUUGUUUAAAUCCUGGUAAAUAUGCUCAACAUUUAGAACGUUGGUUAGCAUAUUAUCCAGCACAACAAUUACAUAUUAUUGAUGGUGAACAAUUAAAAUCAAAUCCAAUUGAUGUUAUGAAUGAAUUACAAAGGUUUCUUAAAAUACAACCACCAUAUGAUUAUUCAAAACAUUUACGUUUUGAUAAUAAAAAAGGUUUUUAUUGUCAAGUUGUUAAUGAUAAUCGUAAUAAAUGUUUAGGUAAAUCAAAAGGUCGUCAAUAUCCGCCCAUGGAUGAUAGAAGUUUAAAAUUAUUACAAAGAUUUUACCUCAGUCACAAUACAGCCUUAGUCAAAUUAUUAAAAAAAUUAGGUUCAAGACCAAUUCCACAAUGGUUAAAAGAUGAUCUAUCAACAACAUCAUGAGGUUACGCCAUUCAUCAUAAUAAAAUAUCACGUCAUAAAAGAAAACGUAAAAAAUUACAACGUCAAACAAAACAACAUUAUUCUGAUAAUAAUUACUAUAAUAAUAACAAUAAUAAUAAUAUAAUUAAUUCAAUUAAUAAAUAUAAUAAAAUCAGUGUAAAAAAUAUUUUUAAAUGUCUGAUACUCUUAAAUAAUUGUUAAAAUUAUAGUAAGUAUAUAAAAUUAAA